UGACAGAGCAACCCAGAUAUUUUCACCAACGACUGAGCCCGAGAGCCUACAUUUUGACCUCGGCUUUCAAACCAACUACUACAUCAUCCAGCAACAGUACAUACCUAUUAUACCUUUCUUCGAGGCUACCGUUUACGCUUUUUACCACGAGGUUUUCAUGGCUUUUGUCACGGGUGGUGCUUCAGCCUACGAUCAGGGACCUGUAUCUCCAGACUCUUGGAAGCGUGCUGUAUACCGGAGUGCUCCUCAGUAUUUCUAUGUCGCAGUCCUCACUCCGGAAAAGCAAAGCGGUAGUUAUAGCUAUGGCCUCCGGAUUUCUCCUAUCAAGAACGACAACGCGUCCAUUUCCGCUCAUUCAAAUUCCUCAAAGGGCUCGCAUAUGGAGUACGAGAUCUGGCGAAAAUGGGAGGACUGUCUUUGGUUCCAAGACAGCCUUGAGGCCGAAUAUGCUCUCAUGGCAAGACAGAAAAUCACACGUCUGGCCGCAGGCAAAGGAGUGAAAAAGGGCGGGAUGUAUAUCCAGAAAGACCAGGCAGCUUCUUUUGAUUCACUUCCUCCGGGUCCCGACCCCCAAAGCGUCGCCCGUGAUAUUCACAAAUACAUCCCGAAGCUGACGAAGAAGGGAACACUAUUCCGCGCGAGUCAAGCUACCAUUGACCAGCGGUUCGCCGAGUUUCGUGCCAUGAUAAAUGCGUUUUUUCAAGAAGACCUUCCGAUGCUCUUGAAAGAGUUGAUGGCCACGCGAACCUUCACUGAUUUCUUCGGCUAUUGGAGACGCGAUCAUGAUCUCGCUAUCAAAAUACAAAAAUACAAGGCCUCUCCCGCUAAAGCUCGCCGCUCUGUGUCUAGUAGUAUGCUUUCUACUUAUUUCUACACUUCAACCCCAGAAACAUCAGACGUCGAACCCUCUUCCACCUCUGUGAACGACUCACACAAGAAGUUUCCCAGGCGAGGCUCAGCUUCAGACUCGUUGUCAUCAGGGGUUUCCCUAAAAGACCAGCAAACUGCCCGCCCACGAGUGAAUGCUCAAUCUGCUGGCCUAGCAAUAUCCCUGCCAUCACGUGGCUCAAAAUCCACCCUAUCUUCUUCUUCCUCGAGCACUCCAUCUCCCAUCACGCCGCAUCGAUCAUCUAAUCGCUUGCCAAUGGUUGUUACACAUGAACUUCCAAUCACAUUUGGACAUAACCCACAGCAUACACCUGCCGGAUAUGCCCCGGAGCGUCGAGCAUCGAUGCUCCAAGCCCUCCCAGAGGAUCAGGAGGUUGAGAUUGACAAGGCUGUAUCUGCGGAUUACGCGCAGACGCGAAGGGCAAAUAGGACCGCUAGGGUCCUUGGUCCCCCUGCUUCGCAAUUAUAUGAUGAUGCUGAACUUUCUUCGGAUGCAGAGUCCUAUGCUAGGUGCUCCUGGCGGUCAACCAACUCUGUUUCACCCUCUCGUGCUGCUGCUUACCUUGCCGAGCUCAAUGUCGACUUUACGCUUCCACACCCUCACCCGGAACGUGCACACCACCCCCGUGCCUCGAUGUGUAGUAUGGCCUCAUAUAGGACUGACGCCUCUGCCGAUGCGAUCGUUCCUCGAUCCACUUAUACUCACCCUCUGCCUUCUGCUGGGACUCGACAAUACCGUCAUUCCGCGCCUUUCCCAGAUGAAGAAGAGUGGGCGGAACGCGAACCAUGGGCUAAUGAAUCGGCUUACGGAGAGGACGAUCUCCUCGACGCUUAUUUUAAUGAUGCGAUACCACCCACACCAUCUACUGAAGAUAGCCAUUUCUCUUCAAAGCAACAUGAAUCAUACCCAACAUCGGCCGACCCUGCGCGACGCACAUCCUUAACCACGUCCAUAUCCAGUGGAUCGACGGGAUAUAGUGACGGUUCAGCCAUUGCUAUCAAAGCAUUGCAUGAGAACCACAUUAUCAUACUUCGCGUUUCGCGGUCCCUGUCGUUCACUGAGAUUCGUCAACGACUUUACGACAAAUUUGUACGGCAGGAAGGCGUGCCACUUUCAGAAAGCUUUGUCGUGGCCAUCCUCGUUCCACCUCCAGUCAUGGAAAAAUCUGGAGGCCGUCCUUACACUACUUCGUUCUCCUCUACGGCAGACAAAGAUAAUGCUGUUUUGCACUUCAUAAAGUCCAACGAUGACUGGGACCAGGCGAUAUACAAGUACGGAAACAAAGUUCUUCUCCGUGUAAUCGGCAGCCGCGCCUAGGCUGCUCCGCGUGUGUAAUGUAUUGCCACGUAUGCUUUAAUGUUGUCAUAUUGGCAUUUACGAUCUUGGCAUUUUGUAGAAAUCAUGGUUUUGACUUCGUUCUAGCAUAACAUUUCUUUUCGUUUCCAACGUUCAACAUUUUUUUCCAUCCCAACACAUUAUUUCGAUUCAACUGUGAUACCUUGUGUGUUCAAUAUUCAU